ACCCGGUGCUGGUGUAAUGGCUGCCGUCCUCCUCUGUAUGGGCCUGUCCUCUGUUGGCGCCUUCUUUGUGGACACUGAGAAGCCGAUCAUCUUCCGGAACAGCGCUCGCAGCUUUGGAUACCAGGUUGUACAGCUGGAUAAAAGGGUGAUUGUCAGCGCUCCCCUCCAGCAAGUGGCGAUCAAUAGAACUGGCCAGUUAUAUCGCUGCGAUCCUGGCGCCAAUGACUGCACUCCAAUCACCAUCACCGGAUCUGAGGAUGACAAUAACAUGUCGCUGGGACUCGCUCUCACCACUGACGACAGCGCAUCUAACAUACUGGCGUGUGGGCCGACCCUGCAGAGGACAUGUGGGCAGAACAUCUAUGUAAAUGGACGCUGCUACCAGCUGGACCGAAACCUGAGAACACAAGACACCAUACCGGCUUCUCUACCAGAGUGCAGCGUCUUCAGCCUGGAUAUCGUGUUUCUCAUUGAUGGAUCAGGCAGCGUCCGGUCACAAGACUUCACCAGAAUGUUGACAUUUGUGUCCACAGUGAUGUCGUCCUUCAGUCAAAAGGAUGUCCAGUUCGCCCUCAUGCAGUACUCCAGCGAAUUUAGAACGCACUUCGAUUUUAAGCGUUUUUCUGCUGAGAGAGACCCCACACGUCUGACAAGAAAUAUUAUACAGAUGUUUCAAGCAACCAGAACUGCAACUGCAAUCCACAUGGUGAUAGAGACGCUCUUUGUGUCCCAAGCCGGAUCACGUGACCGCGCCCAGAAACUGCUCAUUGUCAUAACUGAUGGGGAGACAGCCGGAGACAACAUGAGGCUUACAGAUUCAGUUGCUGAGGCAGAGAGACGCGGGGUCCUGCGCUUUGCCAUUGGGGUGGGAAACGCCUUCAUAAAACGGGCAGCUCUCCAAGAGCUGAAAACCAUUGCGUCAUCCGAUGACCGAGUCCUACGAGUCGAUGACUUCUCAGCUCUCAGUAAUAUCCAGAACACACUGCAAGACAAGAUCUUUGCUAUUGAAGGGACACAGUCUAAGUCUGAAAGCUCAUUUGAGUUUGAGAUGUCUCAGGAGGGAUUCAGCGGAACCUUGGCACCGGACGGGGCGAUCCUCGGGGCAGUUGGCGCCUAUGACUGGUCAGGUGGGGCCAAUAAUUACAGGAGCGGGCGGCAGGAUGGCACCUUUAUGAAUGCUACAUGGGACCAGAUUGACAUGAGGGACUCCUACCUGGGUUACGCUAUGCAGCAAGUGACGAGUGGCCUGGUCGCCCUCGGUGCCCCAAGAUACCAGCAUACGGGGAAAGUCCUGAUCUUCAGAAUGGACCCGAGCACCUCACAAUGGCACCAGAAGGCUACGGUUCAGGGAGAGCAGAUUGGGUCGUACUUUGGUUCUGUGCUGAGUGUGGCCCGUGUGAAUUCUACCAAGUUUCUCCUUGUGGUUGGGGCCCCGACAUACUACUCCCCAAACGCCCCAGGUGGACGUGUAUACCUGUGUCCCAUCCCUGAUCAGGUCAUGGAUCCCAGUAAGACCCUCAUCACCUUCCCAUGUCCCCGGACCCUGCAGGGGGACAGCACCCAGUCUGAGAGUAAUUUUGGUUCUGCCAUCUCGGUUCUACCAGACCUGACAGGAGAUAGGCUUCCUGACCUGGCCAUCGGUGCCCCCUUUGAGGACAACAACCGGGGGGCUAUGUACAUCUUCCCAGGCCAAGUCGGGGGCUUCAGGUCUUCCUAUAUACAGCGCAUUGCCGGAAGCCGGCUUACAGGCGGCAUGAUGUUCUUUGGAAAGUCAGUAACUGGGAAUCUGGACAUGACUGGAGAUGGCCUGCCCGAUAUUACCAUAGGUAGCGAAGGCAACGUCCUCAUAUUGAGCUCUCGCCCGGUCCUGGCUGUCUCAGUAUCGAUGAGCACUAAUCCCCGAGAAAUCCUGCUUUCCACCUACGAUUGUUCUGUAUCAAACAGAAAAGACCCAGCAAUAACUAUUACGGUGUGUUUCUCCAGGGAACUGAGGAGCAGCAAUGCUAAUGCUGGAACCUCCGCCCAAGUGCAGUACACCCUGCUGCUGGAUGCGGGGCGCACUGUGUCCCGUGCUGUCUUCUCUGAUACCCCACAGUCUGUCCCCCGCACUGUGACCACGACUGUGCAGCUGACAGAAGCUCCUCGCUGUACCGAACACAAGAUUCGCCUCCCAGAGUGUGUGGAUGAUUCUCUCUCGCCUCUACGUGUCGCCCUCAAUUACACAUUAAUGGGAAAUCCAGUCCUAAGUGAGGAUUCACAUGUGAACCAAUCAAGAGAGAUCACGUUUGAGAAGAACUGUGGAGCAGACGGGGUGUGUAAGGAUGAUCUGAGUGUGAACCUCACGUUCACCGGUCUCUCACAGCUGGUGGUUGGGACGUCUUUGGAUGUCAAUCUAACGGUCUCUGUGAAGAAUCAGGGGGAAGAUUCAUACAACACCCGUGUCCUCAUCCCCUUCCCCUUGGGCCUGUCUUAUCGGAGGGUGACCCUUGUGGAGAGUAACAAGCGAGGGACCAUUUCAUGCUCAACUCUGGAGAGUCAGAGAGUUUUGAUCUGCGGAGUGAACAACCCACUACUGAGACCUGACUCUAUGGUGGUCUUCAUGGUCAGCUUCCAUGUUGCCUCAAAUGCUGAGUUGGGAGACAGACUGGCUAUGACGGCCAAUGUGACCAGUGAUAAUCAGGGGGCAGUGACUGCCCUAAUGAUGUCCUCGUCUCAAAUAAGAGUGCUGUACGCAAUCUAUGUGACCAUCAGCAGCCUGGAAGAGUCCAGCAAAUACCACAACUAUUCCUCCAGUGACACCAGCGUGCAACACGUGUACAAGGUGAAUAAUCUGGGGGAUCGCCGGCUCCCUCUCUCCGUCAUAUUCCUGGUCCCGGUUAGACUUGGGGAAUCUCUGAUCUGGGAGGAGACAAAUGUCACCAGCUCACAGCCGCAGCUCACUAAGUGCACCGUGAUGAGUGAGACAGCCGGAGCUGCAAACUACCAGGUGCUCUUGAAAACGAAUCCGAUUCUGAAUUGUUCGGUGGGGUCCUGUCUCAGAACUGUCUGUAACAUCAGUGAUCUGGGGACUCAGACAUCGGUGACCUUCACGAUCCGUGGCUCCGUGACUAAAGCCUGGACCACACAGACAGAGCAGCAGAAGAUCUCACUCCAGAGCUCAGCAGAGAUUGCAUAUGAUUCCAGCACGUAUCAUCAGAACCAUCGUUUCAUCAGAGCCCAGGCGCAGACGGUGCUGGAGAUUUACGUUGCGUAUAAUUACGCCCCUAUAAUAAUCGGCAGCAGCGUCGGCGGUCUGGUACUACUGGCCCUGAUAGCCGCCGGGCUGUACAAGCUUGGGUUCUUCAAGCGUCAGUACAAGGAAAUGCUGGAGAAUCCUGGAGAUGAUGGCGCAGGAAACGAGGCGGCUCAGGAACCACAAAGCAAUGGCGCCCCGGAGUGAGGAGGAAGAGGCUGCAUUAUAACUGCUCAUUGUCAUUUUCUCCAUAAAGUGUUUUAUCUGUGUGCAGAACGUCUACACAAUAGCUAUUGCCUGCCUGCUGGUGGGCUGUGCGACCUCUCGCCUGUACCCACCAUUGUCACUGCUGCCCAGGGACCCCCCAGCCGCCCCCCACUAUCAGUGCCCCUCAUAUUACCAGCCGUGUUCCCACUAAGAGACCCCUGUAUCCUGCAGACACUCAUAGCGCCACAUGGCCAGAGCGCAGCUGACGGGUCCGGCGGCCGCGCUACAAGUGUCUCAUCAGAUGCUAUAGAUGUGUCCCUCUGCGGGGAGCCGCCAUAGCUGUGAUAUUAUAAAAUAGAGUACUAUGUCAUACCCUCCAGCUGCACCUUUUUGGCAGGUACAGGACCUUUUUUUUUGGUCUGUACCGAUUUUUGGCUCUCCAAACUUCCAUUGAAAGUAUAGGAAAAUGGGUGUGACCACGCCCCCUUUACCCAUGGCCACGCCCUCUUUUCUAAUUUGUACCGAUUUUUAUGUGUAAAAUGUUGGAGGAUAUAUUAUAUGGGGGAGAUUAUCAAACCUCUGAGAGAGAUAAAGUACCAGCCAGUCAGUUUCUAACUCUACAGGCUGUGGCUGACAAAUGACAGGAGCUGGUUAGUUGGUACUUUAUCUCUCUCUAAGGUUUUAUACCUCUCCCCCCGUACAGUAUGUGUCACAAUUAGCUGUGAGCACCUGCACUUUGAUUUAUACUGUGACUGUACAGAGGUACUGCAGCCAGGGCAUGGUGUAAAUCCUUUCUGGAAUUGCUCCGAUAUGGCUGAAUGCUGCAGUGGUUCAUGCAGGGGGGGUUUCCAAGUACCCAGAAACCCCUCCUGAUAGACCUACUUGUUUUCUGAGACAAAAACAUCUCCAACUACUUCUCUACAAUGGCCAUACACCAAUAAUAUGUGCACCUACAGGUACAUCCUCCUGUAUGUACAACACAGCAUGCCAUGCCCAGGACUCGAUCUCACAACCUCACACACUGUAGUCAUACACCUAACACACAAAGCCAAUUGCUCCUGCAUAGGAAUCCUGGAAAUUCUAGCACAGGUCUGUGUUGUGCGUUCUGUUACCUAUAUGGUGAGAUUGGCAAUUCUUCCAGUUGGCACCUACUGUAGUUCUAGUUUUUGCUCCCCCUCAUAUGGAUACCCGCCUACACCCCUGUGUCUAUACAUACAUGUGUGUCUACACAUGCUUGGAAUGUCAGCAGUUCUCUAUACAGAUAGGUUUUGCUGCAAACAGAUCAUGGACCUGUCACCUGCAGAUGUUCUGGAUAUUACAAGACCGGGAAAAUGCAGUGCAAAAAGACACCCAAAUUGUCUCCCCAUUUUCUCGUUGCAUUAUUCUUGUAGGCUGUUGGGCCUAGUACAAUGUAUUUCCCCAGGCUGUACAAUACCUGCAGUGUACAAAUACUAUAUACUGUAUAUAAUAAAGAAAUCUGACUAAUUAGUGUGAUGUGAGCUAGUUGGGACACAUUGCUGGUAACGGGUAUUAUUAGCUAAUUUGCAUUCCUUUUAUAAUCGUUGCAAUCCUUUUAGAAGUAUUUUUAACCUAUUUUUAUUUUUUCACGUGUGGUUUGUACAUUUGCUGGAAACCAUGUUUGGACACUUCAAUAAAAGGCAAAAGUGAAUAAAACAACCAUAAAUGAACCGGGGGCCUUGUGUGUACGGGUGAUCCAUAGCGUGUUAUGUCUGGGUAAGAAGCCAUAGCCAGGUUAAGGGGGGAUGUAGGGCAUACUGUACCCCAGGCCCCCCUGUGCCAGGGGGCCCCCCCGGCCAGAGCACACUGACAUCACUAGCUUUCCCUCUUAUGCAGCAGCAGAACCAGACAGCCAGAAUGCGAGCAGGACAGUAUGCAGUACAGGCAGAGACACAGGAGUAUCAGAUUUCAUGAACUAUCGAUGGAGCUUCCCAACAAGAGGAGAGAUAGGAGGGUGGAGAGAGCUGUAAGUGACCGAGGGUGGGAUCCCUGUGUAACUUGUUAUCUAAUAUGGGUCUAGAGAGACACACACACACACACACACACACACACACACACAGAGUCCUCCUGAGUCCUGUCCCAGUGUGUAAAAGUAGUAAAGAGGCUGCUGCUAUUUUUGCAUGUGACAAGAUAAACAUGCUCUCUACCUGGACUUCCUUCUUAACUUAUGAUUGUAAUCACCUGUGUUGAAACACCUUUCUUAUCAAUUAAAUAGUUUAACACAGGUGACUAUAAUCCUUUAUCAAGAGGGAUGUCCGUGUACAGAGCAUGUUGUCCCUCCUGGAAUGGGUCAUGUUGGGAGGUGUGCACAAUCUUAUAUACAGCCCCCCCCCCACCCCCCUUCCAUUUGGGCCCCCCUGUCUAAAGUGCCCCGGGCACCCCCAAGGCUUAAUCUGGCCCUGUAAGAAGGUGGUGGAAUGGCGUAGCGUCCAUUCCCUUCUCUUAUAGCACAAUGAGAAGCUACUUACCUAGCCAGCUUUGUACCAGAUCACAGCAUUGCAUGUAAAAUUCAGUCCUCAUCUGUGGCACUUCCCGAACCCAGGGGCACGGAAACCCCCCAACACAGUAUAUAGUGCCAUCUGCUGCCCCCCAGCUUCUCGUGUCCGCUGCUAUGUUACACGUGAAGACCUCUAACCUGCAAGCAGCAAUAAUAUAGAUAGAAGAUGGGAGGGGGCGUAAUGGUAAUUGGGCGAUCAGCUAUGAAUGGGGUGAGAGGGGGGAUAAUACCUGUUUUUAUGAUUGUAUACCCAGGAUCUCCCUGUCCUGUUGAGCGGCUAUACGGCCCCAUCCAUACGCUGUACCUGUUGUAGAUGUGUGCGCAGUCCUCCUUUUCUUGUACCUACCUUAAUAAAAGUGCCUGGUAGUCACCUA